AUGAUGCAAAGUCUUUGGCCGCGGGCCCAGCUACAGGCCUAUGCCUGUCGGUGUAGCUCCUGCUUGAAGAGCUCUACAUCCAAUGCUGCCUCCAACCGGACUGUCUCCGCGGCAAGUCGACGACGGAUGCUGAUAGGAAAUGGCGUGACCGGAUUUUAUGCUACCUUGUUUGCAACGGCUGUAGCGUGGGAUACUAGUGUGAAGACAAGGAAGCGGAUUGAAACACAACUGGAAAUUGAGGCCGUGAAGGCAGAAGUCGAGGCGUUCGAGCUCGACCAACUUCGACGAUUGGAGGCCCUGGCCUCGAGGAGAAGGGCCCGCGCAUCAGCCCCAUCACAACAAAGGAGACAGUUUAGCACGUCCACAAGGCCCUAUCAGCGGCAGUACGGGCAUCGCCAAUUAUCGAGUCAGGCCACUGGAGCAAAACAUCAAAACCCGGAAGCAGAGUCAUUUGGUAGGCCUUGUGUCGACGAAGAGACCGAUAACUCCGUGGCACAGCAGGAACAACCACUCUCCAGGGACUUGUCGAAUUAUGAGACUGAUGUAGACCCGAGGUCUGAGGCGGAAAUAGAGAGAUAUGAAAGCGACCUUUCGCUUAAUGACAUUCUGCGACAACGAGCGAUUCUACGUCUGGCCGCACGACAACUCGCAAUCAAGAUGAUACUGCGGCCCGCCCUGGCGCAUCUAUACGGGGGAGUACCAUUUAACUCACGAACUUCUUGCAUCCUCCCAGAUAUCGAAAUAGAAAAGCUUUUAGCGGAACUCGAAAAUAUUCGGAUCAGGAUAGCGAAGCUUAGGAGUUCAAGAGAUGCGUGGUUUGGCGACUUGGCGAGAAAUAUCACAAUAGUGGAGCAUGAGAAACUGAUCGCGGAGAGAACUGCUUUAAAUGAGGAACUGAAGCGAAUGUACAGGAUGUACCAGGACGACGAACUCACAUCCCGGGACAUGCUUAUAAAAGUUGCCGAAAACAUCCUGUCAUCUGAGGAGCCAUUGUCGCGAUUUUCGGUGUCUUUAUUGAUAAGAAUGUUUGGUCGAUCAAGGCAAAAUGAUGUGGUGAACAUGAUUAUCGAUUCGAUAUUUCCGAACGGCCUUAUUCUCGGAGAAGGUGUCAUUAUAGCAACUAUAGACUUCUUCAACAAGUCAAAAGAUCUAUAUAGAUUCGACGGAUUCUUGAACAGGCUGUUAGGAGGAAAGCUGCUACGGGUACCACAGUAUUGGAAACUCACGACUAUUGGUGGUAUUGAGAUUCCUGUACCACCAAGGGGCUCUGGUAGUGAUCGUUCAAUCCUGAGUGUUCUCGUAUCUUCUGCCCUUGGCUUUAAUCAGCCACAGAGAGCGGAUGCCUGGCUUGCCGUCAUGCGAUACCGCGGCUAUUCCGAUACUCCCCAGAUAUUGGGGUCAUACCUACGAUUUUACUCGCUGCGCCAGGACUGGGUUAGAGGGGGCCACCUGCUACUGAGGUGUGUCGAUUACAUCGCAUCCACUGUAGCGGACGAUGAAGGUGAAUUUGAACGCCUAAUAUUAUAUAUGGCUGGCUUUUGCAUCUCUUGUGGCAAGGAGAGACUCGGGAAGACGAUAGUGAAAAAAGCGGCAAUUCACGGUAUCGAUUGGCAAGACGCCUACAACUCCACAGAUGAAAGAAUUGUCAUUUUAUCUACAUUAGAACGCUGGCGUGCGGCCAUGGAGUUUCCGAAAGUGCCGGAAUCUAGAUUACCAAUUAGUGAGAGGCACAAAGCGUUUGCAGUGAGAGUCAAGGAGAAUAUCGAGCGUGCAGUAUCGGUGACCGAAUGGCAGAAAACAUCACAUCAACAAAGAAUCGACCGAGUUGUGGACGAAAUCAAAUAUUCGGAGUUGGCCAUUCGCGACCUGGGGUUUGGGGUGGAAAAAGAGCGUCACAAACAGGAUAUGAGAAAUCUACACCUCAAACUAUCCCAGCCAAGCCAGAGCGAAUCUAUCCGUGAAAAGGUUCACUUUCUGGAUGUAUCUAUACGCGACAUUGCCUUGGAGGUUGAACGGCAAACGCGCAAAGCGGAAAUGGCGGCUCUCAAAUCACAAAUGGAUCUGAUAAAGGCCAUGAUGUCCCACAAGGUCUCGGCCCCAGAUACAGAAUCGCAUGAAUCGCCAUGCACAACCCGCGAAUUCACAGCCUCCAAAGCUUCAUCGUUGGUCCCUCCGACUAAAAUUGAGCUGCAAAAGCAAUCUAAAAAAAGGUCGGCUCCUCGGAUCAAAAAGGUUGCAUCUGUCGGCAAAGGUAUACAUCCCUAA